GAAUGAGCAUCGAUUUCAUUUGAUGAACUAAAUUUUUUUUUUGGCUCAUAACCCAACAACAAACGUCAACUAUUUAUGAUAAUUUUAUUUGCAAAAAAUAUGUCUUUCAUCAAGAAAAAAGCAUUGAUCAAUAUUCUAGUACAUUUUCGAAAAUCAAAUUCAAAAACAUCCGAUUACAUAUCAUUUAUUAUUGAUUCUAUUCAAAAAUCUAUUAAUAAUCUGUAUGGAUUGAAUCGUUUUGUUGUUUAUGGUGUAAAUGAAUCUGAUCUUCGAACGAAUACUCGUUUACUUUCGGCAAAAGCUUUAUUGAUCAUAACAAAUAAUAAUUUGGGCAAUGAAAGCGAUUUAUCAACAUGGAUAAAGACAAUUAAUUUAGACAAAUUAAUACUCAAUUAUGAAGAUUUGUUGCAAUCAUCGAAUUCAAUGAAAAAUUUUAAUCAUGAUUAUUUUGUUGAAAAAAUACUCACCCUUAUUCCACCGUCACCGAUUGCGGAAACAGAAAUGAAAUCUCCUACAAUUAUUAUGGAUAAUAGCAAUGAAAUGUUUUUGCUUGAUUCACGAAAUAAUAUUUUUCAUAUUUGGCCACGUGUUUGUUCAUUAAAGCUUAAAGAAUUUCCUGGUUGUGAACAAUUUCGUUCUGAUUCACCAUCGGCGAAUGAUGAUAUAGUCUAUUAUUUGGAUAAUAAUCGAAUAGAUCAACUUUGUCGACAACAAUCAACAGAAAUUGUAAAUUUCAAUAUUCAAAAUUAUUUUGAUAAUCUUCGCACCGAAUCUAUUGGACGAUCAUUAUUGUUUCAAAAUGUAACCGAAUCUACAAUGAAAAUGGCAAAUAAUGUUUCAAAAAUUGAUGGGAUUGUUGCAAUUGCAAAUUAUCAAACUACUGGUCUUGGUCGUAGUGAUAAUCAAUGGCUAUCACCAUUUGGUUGUGCAAUGUUUACAAUAAAUCUACAUGUACCAUAUACAAGUGGAUUACUGUCAAAAAUAACGUUGAUUCAGCAUAUUGCAUCAUUAUCGGUUAUUAUGGCAUUACCAAGUGAUGAAUUGAACGUAAAAAUUAAAUGGCCAAACGAUAUAUUAUUUAUGCCAUCUGGAUCAAAAUUGUGCGGUAUUUUGGUUCGAUCAUUUUCCUUUGAAUAUCAUCUUAAUGUACAGAUUGGAAUCGGUAUGAAUGUUUCGAACCGAUUGCCUAGUGUAUGUUUGGAUGAAGUGAUCGAACAUUACAAUGAUCAACAAAUGGAUUCGAAUAAAAAAUUGAAACCAAUCUUACGAGAAUCUAUGAUUGCCCGUAUUUUGAAUUGUUUUGAACGGCUAUAUCAUAUGUUAACCAAUGGUCAAGUUGCUGAAAUUCAACAACUUUAUUGUUCGAAUUGGAUACAUUCGGAUGAUAUUGUUGAUAUUUAUGAUAAUAAUAAUAAUAAUGAUGAUGGUAAUCAACAACAACAACAGCCGCAAUAUAAAGCACGUAUAAUCGGUAUCAAUGAUAAUGGUUAUUUGUUGGCGCAAGAUUUAAAUAAUGAUAUGAUACAUUGUUUACAACCGGAUGGUAAUCGUUUUGAUCUAAUGAAUCGUCUUUUAAAACAGAAAAGAUAAUUACAAAAGUUUAAUGUCUUAUCAUUUUAGCGCUAAGCUAUACAACAUUGAUAAUAAUAUCUAUGCU